AUGUUGUGCAGCAGCCCACCGCCGUCACGUGCGCCAUGUGUCACGCCCGCUACAGUACAUUUGCACCGGGUGCACGUGCCACCAGUGCGCGUUGAGGCGCGCGCGCACGUCGUCGGGCAGCACGUGCGGCAGGUUGUGCAGCAGCCCGCCGCCGUCACGUGCGUCACGUGUCACGCUCGCUACAGUACGUACGUGGCGGGUGCACGUGCCACCAGUGCGCGUUAA